AUGUCAAUUGAUCUUAAUAAUUUAUCUGAUGAUGUCUUAUCCUAUUGCAAUGAUCGUUUAUACACGUUUAUCGAAGAAAAUCUUGGUAUCGAUGAAAUGAUGAUAAUUAAAAUGCAAUCUAUUAAUAAUGUUAGAACAUUAAUAAAUGUUCCAGAUAUCAUGGCUUUUUUAAGCUUUAAUUCUAAAGAAAUAAUUGAAUUAAAACGUCGUAUUUGUUUUAUUGAUGAAGAUAAUAAACGAUUUAUGGUCAAAGCUGGAAUUCAAACCAAUAUUGAUAAUUUAAUAUCAGUACUUAAAGAUAAAAGAAAAAAACAAAUAAAACGAAUAAAAACUUCUAAAUCAUCAUCACAAUCAUCAAUACAAUUAAAUGGUGAUCUAUUCAAUGCAUCUGCAUCAAAUAUGUUUAAUUUAGCUUCUAUUGAUUCACAAUUAACACCAGUAUUUUCAACAACACCUAAAAUCAAUUCACCAAAAAUGUAA